UUGAAACCGCCUUCCUUAAAAACAAAAUCACAGAAAAACUCACAAAUAAAAAGGUAAAAUCCCCUUCACAAAUUUCUCUAUUGAAUCCUCCCUCUCUUGAAUCAAAUCAAGCCUCCAAUGGAUCGUCGGCCUCCACUCGCUGUCUCUCCUCGCCGCCUUCGCCCUCGCCGCAAUCUCCGCUCUGCUCCCUCGGAUCAAACCCCGCCAGCUUCAAUCAGAACCAAACCCAAGACCCCACUUCGAUCCUCUCUCCCCUGCUAUCAACUGCUUAAACCCGAACACAACCUGAUCUCAUCAGAACUCACAAAGAUGGCCAAACUGGCAAGCAAUGACGAAUUCAGCGAAAAAGAAAAUCUGGGCACCAAUCUAAACACCCCAAUUCUCUUCGAAAGAGGCAAGUUUUAUGAAUUGUACUCUGCUCGGAGGAACGAGAGGCUCAAGAGGAAGAAAGAGUAUUAUAUGGAACUGGAUGAGACAGUUGCGCAGGAUCCUGAGAUUGCCGUCGAGCUGGCGAAGAGGAGGGCAUCCAAGAAGGCAGAGAGUCUGAGGAAGUCGGUGCCUGCCAAUUUCUCGGUGAGUCGAGCGAAUAGUUUGAGGUCGUCAGUGAGGAACAGUAAGGAGAUGAAGAAAGCCUCUGCUGCUGUUGCUGCGAGUUGUGAGAAGAAGUCUGCUGCCGAUUUGAGUUUUGUUAGUGGAAGAAGGGUUGGGACUCGAUCUGUUCGCAGGAUAUGAAUUUUAUGUUUAUUAUUGUGUGGUUUUUUUAGUUUGGGAUUAAAAAAAAUUUCUGUCUUUUUUAGAAAAAAAUGUGUGAAGAAUUGAGCGGGGACAUAUAGGUGAUGGGAGUACUGAUAGAUUCUGUUGCAUUCUUUUUUUAAUUUGAUUAAGAAUUAUAGUCUUAGUUGAUAUUAUGGACACAUUUUCUCAAAA